AGGAGCGGUGUUUUAGUAGUAAAGGUUGGACCUACGUACAGCAUUAAUAAACGGUGGCUAGUUUAAUCGCUGACAGGUGUUUUAAUAAGUCGUAGAAAUUGGUAAAUGUUAUUUAGUUGAUGGAUAUGUUUACUUGACCACAACACAAUGAACGCGUCCAAUAGCUCUGUAACGGAGACGAUUUUGCGGAGUGGGUACGAUUUGCCGGUGUAUGGCCUUGCCAAUGGUCAACUACUGUACAUCCAUAUCCCGGCACUAACAUGCAUUUCGCUGAGCUUUAUCUGUGUAGUUAUUGUCCUAACAUUGUCAUUUCGUCACAAGAGCUACAAGACUUUCUUCCGGUGGACCAGGAGUGAACGCUUCGUGGUGUAUCUUGCUCUUUGUGAUGGUGGAUUUAAUCUUGCUCACUUCACGGACCAUUUGCAUAUCGUAAUUGUCCGUAACCAUGUAUAUCCCAAAGAAUUGUGCGAGUUUUACGGCUUUAACCUGGCGGUGUUUGUUAGUGCCCAAAAUUUGAUGGUCAAUAUAGUGGCCAUCAAUGCCUUUGUACUGAUUUACUUCAGUAAGCAAAUUCCGUUUGGUAAGAAGGACUAUAGGCUUCUGUUGUGGACUUUCGGGGCACCUUUCCUGUUUUCUGCCUUGGCUGGUAUCCUAGGACAACUUGGACCAAAUGGAACAUUUUGCUACUUUGACGGUGUGAAGGGAACGGUCGCCAACCUUUUCUUCACCACAGUGCCCCUCGCUCUCAUCCUCGUGAUGAAUAUCGUUCUGUAUAUCCUCACCUGGAUACGGAUUCACAAAGAAACCAAACGCCUUCAUCUUGGCGACAGUUCCCAACUCAUGUCCGCCAACUUCACGGCUGCCAGGAACAUGUCCUUGUUUGUCGUGGCGUUCUUCAUCCAGUGGUGGGCGAUGGCCAUAUUUGGUGUGUGGGCUUACGUCACACCGGACAACGUUCCACAACUUUUGUUUCAUCUGGUGACCACUUUCUCAAACAUCGGAGGAAUUCUGAACUUGAUUGUGUACCUCAUCAUACGGCAAAGACUGAUUCUCAGGAAGCGAAGUCUGAAGCAGCAGAAGAAGACACAAGGCACCGAAAUGUCAGCGAUUGCGUCAUCCAACACAUUUUCUCUGUGAUGUGAAUAUACAGAACAUUGAGUUUUUGUCUUAUUCUGUUGAAGUUUAAAAAAAUUACCACAGAGAACAAUAUUUAAAUGAAACAAAGUCUCAAAAUGACACUGAAAUGCGUAUACGUGAUUUUUAUUUCACUUGCAUGUAGCAAUAUGGGGCUGGUCCCUCCACGUUUUGGAAUUAAAUAUGCCAUUUAUAAAACAAAAAAUAUUAAGAAAUAUAAAUGUACGAUCCAAUUGACCAUCCACUUUAAAAAAACGAUACUACGUGCAUUGUUUUAUUAUACAUCAAUGUAUUUUCAUGAUUUGAAUGAUCAUUGCCAAUUUGUUCUGAACGAAAAGUUCACGAGAGUUUUCAUUUCAAUCAAAUAACUUUUAUAGAUUUAUAUUAAAGAUAAAAAAAAAAGUAAUUUGACACUUGUGAGGAAACUUUAUAAUCAGUCUGAUUAAAACCACUCCUUCUCAAUACCGUAUAAGACGAAAGGGGUAGUUUUAAUCAGACUUAAUUAUAAUAUACAUGUACAGUACGUGUAUGUAAUAUUGCGCCCAUCUAUAUUUAGGAAAUAUCGUACCAGGGUUUAGGAAAAGAACCAUCUCUUAAUAUGAUGUUAUUAAAACCCAUUUCAUUCGUUGACAAUACAUCGAAAUUCAUUGCUAUCGGUAACUUUUCUUCCUCCCGACAGUCAAGUAGAAUCACCCGGUGACGAGUGCCUGUUCAUUAGAAUUUUAGUUUGCCGAAUUUAAUUAAUACAAACGCAAAUCAAACCAUUGUUGCGAUCGAACUAUUAUUUUGUGUAGCUGUCUCAAAAUACAUGUUCAUAUAUAUGAACCACGCAAAGACAGUUUCAAAUGUUACCCUCCCAAAGUCACUAUUUAUAUGAUUGCAAACCUUAAACCUUGAAUCUACAUGCAUUUACGUUUUUUAAUGAAAUACCCCUUGUGUAUUUUAAAGUAUAUCUGGUAGAUGAUUUGAGCAUUCUUCAUUCGUGACUAUGUGAUAGUGAAUCAUGAAUUGUACUUACAUUCUUUUAUGCGUUUUGAAAGCUAUUAUAUUUUAAUCGUUCUGUUCUGUUAACUUCGCGAUGAAGAUAUUUUACAACAAUGUAUUUAUAGUGUUGAACGAAUAAAGCAUGUCCGAAAGUAUGGAACGCCAUGGCUGCCUUAUGUUAGAUGAUUUUAUUAUAUGCUGUGGGUCUAUUAUUAUAUGCUGUGGUUCUAUAAUUAUAUGCUGUGGGUCUAUAAUUAUAUGCUGUGGGUUCUAUAAUUAUAUGCUGUGGGUUCAUUAUUAUAUGCUGUGGUUUCAUUAUUAUAUGUUGUGGGUUCAUAAUUAUAUGCUGUGGGUUCAUAAUUAUAUAUGCUGUCGUUUAUUCGAAACUAGCUAUUCGAAUUCGGAUUUCUCGUUUUGGAGUUUACAUUUACAAGCACUUUCAGCUGACACCAAGGACAAUGGUCGUGUGACCUUGACUGAGACCCAUAUGCUAAAAAUUGCUUUUCAGAACUUUGUUGUCGCCGGGCGCAUAGUGUUUCACAAACACAUCUUGUUUCAAUUUAUCAAUAUUAUACUUUCAGACAAAGCAGAAAAUGUGUUUGUGUUUUAAAUCUUUUAUACAAUAAAAAAUGAUUAAAAUACUGAGUAUGCAAAAUUGA